UUUUUUUCAAAACAAUCUUUACUGCAAUAAAAUAUCUUGAAUAAUCGAGCCGCAAGAAACUUAUCUAUGGCAAAGAUUGCAGGAUCCAGAUGGUCACUUACUGGUUUGGCGGCUCUCGUCACUGGCGGCACUAAGGGAAUUGGGCAUGCAAUUGUGGAGGAGCUUGCUGAACUUGGUGCAACAGUGUACACAUGUUCAAGGAAAGAAUCAGAACUCAAUGAACGUUUGCAAGAGUGGUCUGCCAAAGGCCUUCAAGUAAAAGGUUCAGUAUGCGAUCUAUCUUCUAGAGAGCAAAGAGUACAACUCAUGGAAAAGGUUUCCUUGGCAUUUGAUGGAAAACUCAACAUUCUUAUAAACAAUGUUGGGACAAACAUUUGGAAGCAUACUGUCGAGUAUACUGCCGGAGAUUAUGCCUUUAUGAUGGCUACCAAUUUAGAAUCUUCAUUCCAUAUGUGUCAACUUGCUCAUCCUCUCCUGAAAUCAUCUGGAGCUGGAACUAUUGUUUUCAUGUCCUCUGUUGCUGGUCUUGUCCACCUUUCUGGGACUUCUAUUUAUGGAGCAACAAAAGGGGCAAUGAAUCAGCUGACAAGAAAUUUGGCUUGUGAAUGGGCAAAAGAUGGUAUUCGGGUUAACGGUGUUGCACCCUGGUACAUAAACACUCCCCUCGUCGAACAUUUGCUGGAGGAUAAAGCUUUUAUGGAAGGAGUAAUAUCAAGAACUCCUCUUAAGCGUCCUGGAGAAGUUGAAGAAGUUUCAUCAUUGGUCGCUUAUCUUUGUCUUCCUGCUGCUUCCUAUGUCACUGGCCAGGUUAUAGCAGUUGAUGGAGGAUUCACUGUCUAUGGUUUCCAACAGCCUGACUAUUAAUUAAUACUUCUUGUUUGAAAAUGGUGGCAGAGAAUUUCUACCUAGUAACUACCUUUUCAAUGUUUGUAUUAAUUUGCAAUAUUCAGUGUUUUUCAAGUGUGUUCCAGUUGAAUCCGUCAUGAAUAAAAGUUGUUAUUCUUGGGUGUGCAAACAAAG